AUGUCAUUUCAGAGCCUAUGUUGUUCUGAGAUAAUGGCGGAGUAUGAACCGAUACCUGGUGGAGCAGGAAUUCCUCCGCCACCACCGCCUCCACCUCCUUUUCCUGUUUACCCAUUCCAGCCUUCCCCUGGGGCACCAUGGCCACAACAGCAACCACCACCAUGGCCAGCGGGCUCACCAGCUAUGCCUGGAUUCCUUUCUCCAGCUGCAGCUCCUGUUCCCCGACCUCCUCCGCCACUUCCACGAGCACCGCCACCGCCACCUCCACCACCACCACCACCACCACCUCUAGCACCUGUGAAUGAUCCAUUUUUUGCGUGUCCUAAUCAGAAGAAGAACUCACCACCAUUACCACCAACGCCAGCGAUUGAUCCAUAUUUCUUGCCAAAUCAAUGUAAGCGGAAUGCAGAAAAUAAACAUUGUGAACCUUGUGAUCCGAAAAAAUUUGGUAAAUCUCCCAAGAAGAAAAAAAACACAGCACGUGUUCAUAAGUCGAACAAGAAACAUUCUUAG